GUUCGGCUGUUUCUGUUCCAUAAAUCAAUUCGAAUUCAAUUUCAUUAAGAGACUUUUUUAUUCUCAGAUCUUAGCUUUAACAUUUUCCAAAAGAUAUAUAGGUGCCUAAAGGUAUCACAUUAUUGCAAGAUGUUCUUUGAUAUUAUUUUAUUGAAUUACCAACAUAAUGGUAAUCUGGGCAAGGCGUGGAUUGCUGCAACUAGGGGUAUCGGUUACAUAUCAAAUCAAGACAUCGUUAUAUUAAAUACACGCAGGCUGUGCGACGAUUUAUACAAGUUUAUAGUAAGCUCAUCUGGAGAUCCCAAAAAACGGUUUUCUUUGAGAAUGUCCGCCAUUUUACUCCACGGUGCUAUUAGAAUACUUAACAGGCAGAUUGUAAUCAUACAAGUUGAUGCUGCGAAGGUGUUGCAGCGAUCGAUCAUUCCAGCGGGAAGCGAUCUCAGUAGCUUGCACGAGGAAGAUGAACAAUCGGAAGAAGAGCAUUUGCCUCAUGUAUCAUCGACACCAAAGCGUCUAAGGAGGAAGAGGAAGGCAACACCCCAGCUGACUCCAAUAGAAGAAGCUCCAGGAAUGCAACAUUUCGACGAAGCUCCACCGUUAUUUCCGAAGACUGAUGAUGUAUUCAGACAUCCUGGACAUCCCGAGGCUAUUACAAUGAGGGAACAAGAAAUAACACUUAGAACGAUGCUUCCAGAAGAAGGAUUUGGUGCUGAUAUUAGCGUCGAAGAUGUCAUACGUAUCUUAGAAAGUGUUGGAUCUCCCGGUAAACCACGUCCGCCUUCAGAGAAUUCCGCCAAGAAGACCUCCUCCGAGUCUUCAGCUGUAGAGCAACCUAUCAAAAUCGCUGUUCAAGCUCAAGUAUAUGCCGAUCGAGAAACGCCUUUUUCCACUUCUUUAAGAAUCAAUCAGUUGCAAACACACGCCGCACAGUAGUUCAGAGGGCACCAUCUCAGCGAAAAUAGUAGUAAAGUUCAUACCUAGACGAAAAUGGAUAUCAAGUUCGCGCCGAUAGAACAGGCAAAGACCUUGCUGCACCUCUACCCGUACACCAGCCAUCUAUAACUCCAAUGCAGAUAGAACAUGCCAUAAUGGAACUUCCAGAAUCCGAGGAGUUGCGUCCAACUCACAUGGAGGUGGUAGAAACAGCACCAACUGUGGCCGUGGUUCCACCAACAGCAGAAACGAUACCGUCAGCUUCCGCAGAAGUACAUGCAGCAGUAGUUGAGACGGCUGAACAGGAAAUGGAAGCUACGAGGAUGAUAGUUGAAGCAAAACAGCGUAAAGGAGCUGUUCCUAAGAAGCCCAAAAUUUUCGAUGAGGAUCGCAAAAUGCUUGAUAAACUGAUGGUCAAAACUAAGCCAGUUAAUGCAGUCAUUACAUGGUGCUUGAGACAAAGUAAUCGCUUUACCGGCCCUGAGGUUCGGUACAGAUUUGUGCCUGAUGCUGAACUCAACAUGACUAGAUUGUACCAAAAACUAUGGGACGAUGCAACGGACGGGGCAGUUGAACGAAUUCGUGCUGCUACUAGAGGCUCCGGGGUGGGUGAUAUCCGAGUUUCAGAACAGGUGCCUGAAGUUCAAUCAGGCAGAUCCACAUUGGACAAAGGAUCUUCUGCAGAAAACUUGGCUACCCCAAGAGAGACGUCUUCAGAGGAGAGAAGGCUUUCUAGACGACUCACCCCUAUCAGAUUGCCAUCGACAAGAGCUGAAGAACCUUUGCCUACUGAGCAAUUUACUAGACGUACCACGGAGGUUGAACAUCAUGUGCCUUUCGAACAAGUUCCCGGAUUAGAGGCCGUGGAAGAAAUGCAGGUGGAAGAGCGUUUUGAACAAGUACUCCCUGAAAGAAGUCAACCAGAACCUGUUGUGCCCAUGGAACAGGAACAAAUACAAGAACAACAGGUUCAAAUAGAAGAAGCAGAACCUGUUGUCCAGGCUACAGCUGUUCAAGCCGAACAUACACCAGAAUUAAUCGGAACCGAAUAUUUGCAAGUUGUUUGUGAAAAAGAAAAAACAAGAUUGGAACUAUCACCACGCGCAGAAAGAAAUGUUCAAAAAAGGCAGCAAGACAUUGUGGAUAUUGCUUUACGUUGGGAUUUUUCCCGCAACCGCCUUACGAUCGAAGAUGUCUGUCCGAAACCUUUCAACAAGCUAAAUAUGGCUAGAACGUUCAGUGAUCUACUUACUUUGGCUGCAAAUAAGUUCCUGAAGCUCGAAAGACAUGAAGAUUCUUUUGAGCUUUCCCAUAUUUUAAAAGGCCCAAGGCUAGAGAUGGGGAAAUAGUGGACCAUUUCUCUUUUUUAUUUUAUACCUGUACAGGUACAAAUACCUUCCUUAAGUAUUUUAUUUAUUAUUAAUUUUAAGUACAUUGAAUUUAUUUUCUCGAACUACUCUUACUUAUGAUAACUGUAGGUAAUGUCAAAAGUCAAAAAAUAAUUUUUUUUGGCAAUCCUUAAUUUAUAUCUUGUUUUGUUACCUUUUACGUGAAUAACCAUAUUAAUUGUCUGUUUUUAAAUAUGUUAAUGAGUAUUCCUAAACCUAAUCAGUAUUUUAAUUACUUCAAUUUCGUAUUG